AUGUCCGACACCGCCUCUCCCACCACGACCCUCACGUCCAUUGUUUCAAAUCUUGGCGGCCCACGCGUCAAUCCAUCUGACAUCGAAUGGGCAAAUGAUAUCACUUCUGGCAAAUUACUGAUCAACUGGCUUGUGGCGCAAUUAGACUUAGAAGCCGCCAACGGUAAUGAUGAUCUUGAAAUCCGACAUCGAGCUGCUCUGCGCGAUGUUGCGCUUGAGGACGAGGAGCUCAAAAUUCUCGCUCAUGUCAAGGAUGGAAUAUUGGACUCGGACGAUGGUGACAUUAUGGCCCCGGCAGACUACUUGCCGCCCUCUCAUCUCAAGAAGCGUGCAGAGUACAUGAAUAAUGAAACCGAACUCCUUCAGCAAGAGUCUGAUCAUUUGAAAAUCAGGCUCGUACAAGCCAAAAAGGCCUCGCAGAAGAUGAGCCAGACGCUCAAAACACUGCAGUCAAGCAUCAAGGAUAUUAAUUCUCAGAUAGAGAUAGAGACGGACGUGUUGGACAAUUCCAUUGCAUCUACCAAGGCUCGUGCACUUGCACUCUUGGAUGCUUUGAAUCACAAUUCGUCUGAGGUUCAAAAUACGAACGGGGACAUAACUCCCACCGCGACACGUUUUGACACAACCACAUCCCCAGCCUCGACUGCGACGUUAACCCUCAGCUCCCUAGCAGACACUCGCGCUACUAUCAUUGGAGACCUAUCGCACUACCAAGAGACAGGUACACGGAAGAAACUCCCAGAAAUUGGGGAACUUCAAUCUGAAGCUCAACGUCUCGAAGCCUCGAUUGAGAACAUCAAAGCUAAUCUCGACUGCGAAGAUUCGGCUUUUCUGUAUGAAUUGGAGAAGUUGUGUGAACAAGUAGAGUCUGGGGUAGAUGUGAUGGUUGGUAUUUCGGAGAGGGUAGAGAAUGAAGAAGAGGUGGAGGUGGAUGUUUACACAGAAUUGGUGCAUGCAUGGGCUCUCGAUCAAGCUGCUAUGUUGCAAACCCGCAGCGAUGCUUUGGAUGAGGCUCUGGCUUUGCUUGGCCCCCGCGUUCUAGCGCCCUUGGAAGAUCUGCAUGAGUCUCUCUCAAUGAGUACCAGCCAUGCGAGGGAGGCGGAAGUCCUUCUCCGUACUUUAGCGGAAGAGCUUGAAGACCUGCUGGAGGACGCCGACGUGAACACCCGGCGAGAAAGUAUGAUCCAGAAAGGAGUAGCUGAAGACGAAGACGAUGUCAUGGAGCGAGAGUUGGUGAAGCUCUUCAAAGAACUCAAGGAUCUACGAGCCCCGGACGCUCCGCUACUUGUAGUUCUGAACCGUGCAGAUGUUCUAGCCGAACUGGAAUACCUUGUUGAUCGAGCACGUACCCUGCAAGGGGAGGGAGAGCUCUGGGUCCAAGAACGGCUCCUGCCUUCUCUCACUGCUUUGCCUCGACGCCACCAUCCCCUGCUAUCAGCGAUUUACGCUCACUCCCCCAUGAACACAUCCUUGCCAUUUACAUUUCCUCCACCCCUUGAAGCGUUGAGGCAUAAUGGUGGCGUCAAGGCGGAGGAGUUGCAAGCUGCGGUAGUGAGACUGCAGAAGGAAUAUGAAAAGAAUUUGUUGAAUCCAGAUGAACAUGAACUGAAGUUUAUGUGA